AUGACCGACUCCAAGCAGCCCAACAUCACCCUCUACACCGACUCGACGCCGAACGGCAUCAAGAUCUCGAUCGCGCUGGAGGAGAUGGGCCUGCCGUACAAAGUAGAGCACCUCGACAUCUCGACGAACCGCCAGAAGGAGCCCUGGUUCCUGGAGAUCAACCCGAACGGCCGCAUCCCCGCGCUGACCGACACCUUUCGCGAUGGCCAGCCCAUCCGCCUGUUCGAGUCCGGCGGCAUCUUCCAGUACCUGGUCGACGAGUACGACCAGGAACACCACAGGAUCAGCUUCCCCCGCGGCACCCGCGAGUACUACGAGAUGGUCAACUGGACGUUUUUCCAGAACGCCGGCCUGGGGCCUAUGCAGGGCCAAGCCAACCACUUUGUAAGGUACGCGCCCGAGAAGAUCGAGUACGGGAUGAAGCGGUACGUCAACGAGACGCGGCGGCUGUACGGCGUGCUGGACAAGCACCUGGCGGCGUCGCGCUCGGGCUUCAUCGUCGGCGACCACAUCUCGGUCGCCGACAUCACCACCGUCGCCUGGGUCAUGUGGGCCGCCUGGGCCGGCGUCGACAUGGACGAGUUCCCCGCCCUCAAGCGCUGGGAGGCCAUGCUAUCCGCCCGUCCCGCCGUCAAGCGAGGCUGCGACGUCCCCAAGCCGCUCACCAUCAAGGACCGCCUCAAGGACCAGAAGACCAUGGAUGAGUAUGCCAAGAAGUCGAGUGCCUGGAUCGUCCAGGGCAUGCAGGACGAUGCCAAGAAGUAG